ACACACACACACGCACACACAGAGAGAGACACAUAUACAUGCAAAGGGGCAGAACCAUAUCAUCCCUUAAUAAUCACCCACCUCUUUCUCGCGGCAGUUUUAUUGAAUUGGCUAAAUAAACUGCAUAAUUUGGCGUGUCAUGGAGAAAAUUAGCGCAAGAGUUUCACUAUGUUUGCUAGCUCUGAUGAUGGCUGGUUGUGUUAGAGUAAGCAGUGAUUUUGCACAAGACAAGCGAGAAUGCCAAGAUCAAUUGGCCGGUCUGUCGCCUUGUGUUUCAUUUAUAAGCGAAGAGGAGAAGCAUCCCAGCCCAGUUUGUUGCCUCAGGCUGGGAAAUAACUACGAUCAAAAGCGCAGGUGUUUGUGCAUGCUGGUGAGAGACCGUAAUGAACCAGGUCUUGGCUUCAAAAUCAACGCUACACUUGCACUCGCUCUUCCCUUCAUCUGUCACAUACCAGCUAACGCGACGCAGUGUCUUGAUUUUCUGCACCUGGAUCCUCGGUCACCAGAUGCUCAGAUUUUUCUGCAGUUCUCUAAUUCUUCUGGAAGUAGAACCUCAACUAUUAGUGGCAUAGCAGCUGAUUCUGGAAGUUCAAGCUCGAUAAAUCGUGGAAAGAAAUGGCUUAACUUGGCGAUGCUUGGCGUGGUUUCAGUUUGGCCACUCAUAUCAAGCUUCAUUAGCAAGUAGUUUGUAGGGAAAUUAGAGUGGUGCUGUCUUUGCCCUUUUUCUUCCCCAAAAGAAUGCAAGUGCAUGCGUGUGUGUGGUGUAUUUAUAUGUGUCUUUUUUGUGAGCACUUGUGAUAAAUAUUAGAAUCAAGGAAUAUGCAAUCUAGUGAAACCAAUGAUCCCUUCCAGAAAGACACAAACGUGGUUCUUCCCAACAAGCGUUGCAUUCUUCUUCUUGAUCUUACAACUAAUGAAGUGCUUCUUAUUUCCUCACAGCAACGGGGGACUGGAGAGGGUAAUGUACCAAUUAGUAGCAUCUGUGAUGGUUGUUUAUGACUUCCUCUUCUUCUUCUAGUAAAUGUGUGUGUCUGUGUACCCUUGUUUCCAUGAGUGCACAGAUACUUCA